AUGAACGAGAAUUACACGAUCAGGCGCAUACGUCGCGUGUUGCGGAAGUGGCCCGCCGAAAAGCUACCACAGCUCACGAUUUCUGGAGCAUACACUUGCCAAGCACCGUACUUUUCUCGGUCAUUGCUUUGGAAGACUGUUGCGUUUCAAGUCACAGGACACUGUGCAGAUCUUGGACUCAGCAGGUUGAAGGAUUAUAGAAAAGACUACGAGAUUUUGAGAAGCGAAUUUCCUGUUCCAUGGAACGAGCUGGACGAGGAUCAUGAGUUCUAUCAAAAACUCACCAUUGAAGGUGAUUUGAGUGAUAGUUUUGGCAAAAAGAUGAAAAUCUCUAGGAUACGUGUUGAACACGAUCCAUUGAGCGGACCGAAAAAACACAAAGCGACAGACAUACAGACAUUAGAGAGCCUAGUAGCCGACGUAAACAGGCUAUUUCCUCAAAAGCAGGAAUAUUUCAUCGAGAGUAUUUCCAACAGACAACAAUUGAUUGAGAUUCUAUUCAUAUGGUGGAAAUUGAACGGAGGCCACUAUUCACAAGGACUUCACGAGCUGGCAGGGAUCAUUUUUAUUGCUGUUCAGACAGAAUCCAUCAAUGCCGACAAGCUGGUCGACCCUGACCCAGAAGCCAAACAGGUAGCAACAUUGAUGGACUCCAAGUAUUUGACACAUGAUGUGUUCAAUAUUUUCAACAAGCUUUCGAGCACAUUGAUCACUCUAUACUACGACGAGACCUCGCUACUUCAAGAAAGUAUCAAAUUUGAUCUAAAGCUUCGUCUGAUUGAUAAGUAUCAAUAUCACCUGUUGAAGAAUAAGCUACGGAUCGACUCCUCGAUAUGGCUCAUUAGAUACUUUCGUUUGCUUCUGAUCAGAGAGAUAGGUCUGGAGAAUUCUUUUGAACUAUGGGACAAAUUGAUCGCUUUCUCAUACACUCAAAACUCAGACUCGAUGGAUCUUAGUUUGUUGCUACCAUAUUUGAUUAUUCUGCUCCUGUCGAUAAUCAAGAGCAGGCUGAUCAUCUCUGACUAUGGGGAAGCAUUGUUCUUGCUUUUACACUAUCCUAUUGACGACAAAUACAAAAGACAGCCAAUUUCAUCGGCGAUACUUGUCAACGACGAUCUUAGCUCUCCAACAGAAGAACUUUCUUUCACAUACAUCGAGGAAAACCACCAAGCCAAGCAUUCCAACUCAUUUGAGCUAGAGCCGGACCAGUCCGAAGACUCUGAUUUAGUUUCGUUGGAUAUUUCGCAGCUGGCAAACGAUGCAAUCGUUCUGUUUCAAUUGUCAGACCAAGACCUGGGAGCACAGGGAUCCAAGAUAAUUGAGAGAUAUUCUGGACUAUCAAACGAAGAGGACAAGCAGGGAACUCUCACCGCAAACCCAGUUAAGAAACGUAGACCGUCAGCUUUUAGAGAUCUGCUGACACGCUCGACAUCAUGGAACAAAUCUAAGGGCUCCCAACUGAAGGAAACUAAAAAACCGCCAGCUCCGAAGAAAGAUUUUGACAGAACAAGACUUGAAUUGCGAUUGGCAAGCAAAGUCUCACAAGCACUCAAAGCUGAUAAGAAAUAA